UAUCCAAUUCCAAGUCGGGCAUUUUCCGAAUCUUCCCCAGUUACUCAUAUCCUUAUUUUCACAUCCAAAUCCAAACCCUACCCUUAUCUAUCUCGGAUCGGACGAUCCGAUCUCCGCCAAGCGUCACCGGAGCCCCGGCAAACACAGACAUUCACCUCCAGGUUGGAUUAAAUAGCAUUUGUUCCAUGCGAUGGAAAUUUCAAGCGAGGCCCCAGCUAAGAGACCAAAGCGGUUGACGUCUGUUGUAUGGAAUCACUUUGAAAGAGUUAGAAAGGGAGAAAUUUGUUAUGCUGUUUGUGUACACUGCAAAAAGAAACUUAGCGGAUCAAGUAACAGUGGGACAACUCAUCUGAGAAAUCAUCUGAUAAGGUGUCUGAAGAGAUCCAAUUAUGAUGUUUCUCAAAUACUUGCAGCAAAGAGAAAGAGAAAGGAUACUGCCCUUGCUGUUGCUAGUGUCACCUAUGAAGAAGGGCAAAGAAAAGAAGAAAUCAUUUCCCCCAUAAGUUACAAAUUUGAUCAAGAGCCAAAGAAGGAAGAAAGCAAUAUCCCUUUCAACCUUGGGAGUGUUAAAUUUGACCAAGAGCGGAGUCGACUUGAUUUUGCUCGCAUGAUUAUGUUACAUGGCUAUCCACUGGCCAUGGUUGAACAUGUUGGACUCAAAAUAUUUGUGAAGAAUUUGCAACCAUUAUUUGAGGUCAUGAAUAAUAGUGCCAUUGAACUUGACUGUAUGACAAUCUAUGCUAAAGAGAAACAGAAAAUUUAUGAAGAAAUACACAAUUUGCAUGGGAGAAUUAGUCUUGUUGCUGACAUCUGGGUAUCAGCUGACAGUGCAAGGUAUCUGUGUCUGACAGCUUACUAUAUCGAUGAAGAUUGGAAGCUGCGGAAGAAGAUACUGAAUUUUGUGACACUGAACACUGCUGAUACAGAUGACCUACUUUCAGAAGUUGUCAUUAAAUGUUUGACUGACUGGGCUAUUGACCGGAAGUUGUUUUCUAUGACUUUUGAUGAAUGUUCAGGCUACGAUGAGAUGGUCUUUAGAAUCAAAGACUGGCUAUCUCAAAACAAGCCUCUUUUAAAGAAUGGUGAGUUAUUUGAUGUGCGUUGUGCAUCAAAUGUUUUGAAAUCUAUAGUUCUAGAUGCCAUGGAAGCACUUCGAGGUUUGACCCACAAGAUUCGAGAAAGUAUAAGGCAUGUCAAAAGUUCACAAAUAACCCUAGGAAAAUUCAAUGAGAUUGCCCGGCAAGUUGGGAUAAAUACUGAGAGGCAUCUAGUUCUCGACUAUCCAAUGCAAUGGCAUUCAACCUAUACAAUGCUUGAAACAGCACUAGAAUAUAGGGGUGCCUUCUCUCUCCUGCAAGAGAAUGAUGCUGACUACAAAAUAAGUCUAUCUGAAACAGAGUGGGAAUGGUUAAGUUCUGUUACUGGUUAUGUAAAACUUUUAGUUGAAGUUACUAAGAUUUUCACUGGAAGCAAAUAUUUAACAGCUAAUGUAUAUUUCCCAGAGAUAUGUGAUAUUCACAUCCAAUUAACAGAGUGGUGCAAAAGUGCUGAUGAGUUUCUUGGUGAUAUUGCAACCAAGAUGAAAGCCAAGUUUGACCAGUAUUGGAAUAAGUGUAGUCAAUCUUUAGCAAUAGCUGCUAUCUUGGAUCCUAGAUUCAAGAUGAAGUUGGUCGAGUAUUAUUAUCCUCAGAUUUAUGGUAGUGAUGCGCCAAAUCACAUCAAAGCAGUAUCUGAUGCUGUAAGGCAGCUUUUCAAUGAGUAUGCAAUAGGUUCAACUUCACUUGAUCAAGAUCCACCUGGGCCUGGAAGCUUACCUAGCAGCAGUACUGGAACUAGGGAUAGACUGAGGGGCUUUGACAAAUUUCUGCAUGAAUCCUCACAAAAUCAGAGUGUGCCAUCAGAUUUAGACAAGUAUUUGGAAGAGUCAGUGUUUCCACGCAACUAUGAUUUCAAAAUAUUGAAUUGGUGGAAAGUUCACACUCCUAGGUACCCAAUAUUAUCUAUGAUUGCGCGUGAUGUAUUGGGAGUUCCUGCAUCCACACUUGGACCAGAGUUAGCAUUUAGCAAUAAAGUUAGAAUGCUUGACCAGCAUAAGAGUUCACUCAGUUCUGAUAUUCGGGAAGCUUUAGUAUGUGGUCAAGACUGGUUGCGUUUAGAAGCAGAAGAACCCAACUCAUCCAACAGCAACUAUGCAUUACCGCUUCUCAUUGAAUCAAGUUAACAGCUGCAUGGUUAACUGAAGGAUUGCUAGUGAGGUGAUUGGUGUAUGUUUUCUUUAGGUGUUUACAAACUUGUUCCUCAAUUACAAUGCUGAAUGGCUAGAUGAAUUUGUAAUUAAAAUGUGUUUAUAGUAUUUAUCUGUUUGCAGAAUCUUGAUUUUCAUCAAUGUGAAAAGGUCAAUGAUUUGCUUUG